UUUUCUAUAAGAGCUGAAAUGAAAACUACAACGAUCACAAAGACAGAGAACAACGCUCAUUGAAAAGGCAUGAAUGUAGACGCCACAUUUGGUGUAUAAGAAAGACUGCCUUGAUUCAGCACCCUGAACUACUACUACUGCUACUACUACAGUCAGCAGUCAGUUUGUGCUGAGAGAUAUUACACUGAACUAUUAAAGGACAAACUGAAGGUGUAAUUUUGAAGAUGAGAUCCAGCCUGGUGUUAGCCGCUCUUCUCUGCUUCACCACAUGGAUGAGCAUAGCCAAUGCAAACCAUGGAAUGGGUGGACAAUGGUGUUGUAUGCAGUGGUCGACCACCAGAGUCCCAGCUAAUCGAAUUGCGAACUACACAAUUCAGCCUGAAGGAGUCUGUCCAGUCUCAGCCAUAAUAUUUCGCACAACGCGUGGAAAGACAAUUUGCUCCGACCCUGACAACGCCUGGACAAAGAGAGCCAUGAAGAAGGUGGACGAGGAAAAAAAAAAACUCCAACAGAAUGAAGAUGAAUCAACAAGCGACAUCACACCAGCAGCAUCCACCAUGUCAAAAAACGGACCACCGAAAGGCAGAAAGGGAAGGAAACGACAGAGGCAAAGAUCCGGGAGAGGGAGGAAGAGGCAGAACAAACGUGUCUGAGGAAUCACAAGACAAAUAAAAGUUGCCACAGUCAGCAAACAUUACUCAUUCCAAUUGGACUUGUCCUGGUAUAUUUCAACAGUAAACUAACCUGAAACUGAAACAAGCCCUGUAUUAUUGUAGCAACGUUUUAAUAUGCUAUAUAUAUUUUAAUAUAUGGACCCAUAUCUUGUUGUUAUUAAUAUGUGUAUGUG